AUGAUUGAGCCUUUUGUCAAGGAUUUGGGUUUUAAGGAAAUUCUACCAAAACCCCCAAAUCCCAGUUCAAAAAAGAAAGUAUCUCGUUCUGACAAGUUAGGUCGAAUCGUCGGUUGGACUCGCAACUUCAAUAACCAGACACCCACUGUGAAGCAGGCACAAAUUCAGUUUCCUUCUCCCAUAUCACCUUCGACCAUGGCUAAAAUAAAUGAAAUGAUUCUUCCCAUCAAGACUCAUGAUUAUUUUUACAACAAUGUUGAUUUCAUGAUUCCUCCAAAGCCACCAGAUCCUAUUUUUGAUAUCAACAAUUCCAUUAUUUCUCCACAACCUCCUUCCAUGGAUAGUACAGACCAAGUGUUUGUAACAAUGCAUACAAUAUCCUCAAAUUCUAGACAUUUCGGUCUUUCAUUGAAGCAUAAACAUGGUGCAAUGAGGAUUUUAAAAAGGGAACAAAUUAAUUGUCAUUCUACUACAGUCGUGUUAUCAGAAGCCAAAAUCUCCUUUACUGGUUUUGAGGACUUCUCUGUCUCUACUGCCGACACCACUGGAGAACUAAAGAUAAGCAUCGAGGUAUCUAGAAACAAAAUGCAGAGGAUUUAUGGUGAUGUUUCUGCUCACUACUGUUGGGAACAUGUGAAAGACAUGACGAAUUCAAGAAUUGCAAAACAAAUUGAUGAAAAACACCAUGACUUUGAUCUUGCAGAUGAAUUUAUAUGGGCUGCUGCAUGGUUGCACCAAGAAACUAGCAAUGAAUACUACCUAAAGUAUGUCGUGGAUAAUUCGGUGUUUAUGGGUGGAACAGGUUGGGUGGUGAAAGAGUGCUCUUGGGAUAACAAAUAUGCUAGUGUCCAAACCCUUCUAUCCAAGGUUGUUGAAAGAAGGAUUCUUGAGCUAGAAACUUCACAUGACCUUUCAAGGAUCUGGUUACAUAUAGAUAUGGAUGUUUUCUAUGCAGCAGUUGUGACUUUAAGUAACCCCAUGUUACAGGGCAAGCCAAUGGUUGUUGGUAGCAUGUCUAUGUUAUCCACUGCCAAUUAUGAUGCCAGGAAAUUUGGGGUUCGUUCUGCCAUGCCUGGGUUCAUUACACGGAAGCUAUGUCUAGAGUUGAUCUUUGUCCCAACAAAAUUCAGAAAGUAUACCCAUUACAGUGAUUUGACGAGAAAAGUUUUUCAGAGGGUUGAUGUUGAAUCUACUAAAGUAUCGAAACUUCAAUACUUUAUUAGGGUUUCCCAGAAUGAGACUGAACUUGGGAGUAAGGAUAAGACUGAGGCUGAGGGAAGGCUUGACUUUGGUCAGGUGGGUGACUCAUCUGCCCUUAUGGUUGUACAGCAGGUUGAAGCUGUUGUGGCUGUUGGUGAACUUGCAUAUGAUUGA